AUGGCCAUGGAAGCCAGAAUGGAAGAUUCUGCGCUGCUGACGAAAGAUCCUCCGCUUCCCAAAUGUCCGAGAAAGCAGGCAAAGAAGGUGAUUAUUGCCCUUGUGGGCGUCGUCAUCCUUGCCGUGGUCGUCGUCAUCAAGCUUUGCCAUCAAAAGGGCUUCGCCCUCCAGACGACACUGCGAGAUGCCACUGAUUUGGUGAACAGCGUUGCCUGGUCCGCCGAUGGGCGCCUCGCUGUGGGGUCUCAGGACAGGCACGUCUACGUCUAUGGUCAGGACUUCGCCCUCCAGAAGAUGCUGAGAGUUGCCGCUGUUCUCGAUGUUUACAGCGUCGCCUGGUCUGCCGAUGGGCGCCUCGCUGUGGGGUCCGAUGACCAUGUCUACGUCUAUGGUCAGGACGUCGCCCUCGAGAAGACGCUGCGAGAUGCCGCUGAUUCGGUGUACAGCGGGGUCCAGUGA